AUUGCUUUGAAUUGAAGACCAAGGAAUCCCAAAUCGACAUGACCGAUGAUGAGUGGCUUGCCAACGAGAAGAGCCUCGUGAGGAAGCUCGACUUUACCCUGUUGCCCAUGGUCUGGGUCCUCUACCUCUUCAACUACCUGGACCGGAACAACAUUGCCCAAGCUCGCCUGAGUACCUUUGAAGAGGAUCUUGGACUUGUCGGCUCGCAGUUCAAUGUUGCCGUCUCGAUUCUCAACGUGGGCUACAUGUUGAUGCAACUCCCCAGCAACAUGAUGCUUACCCGAACUCGGCCUUCUCUCUACAUUCCAGCCUGGACAGCUCUCUGGUCAUGCGCUUCCGCCGCGACCGCCGCUGCAAAAAACUACCAGCACCUCAUUGUGAUCCGCUUCUUCCUUGGCAUUGCUGAGGCUCCAUUCUUCCCUGGCGCCAUGUACCUUCUGAGCUGCUGGUACCCGCGCAAAGAGCUGGCCUUGAGAACGGCUAUUCUCUAUUCCGGUGUUCUCCUCGCGACCGCCUUCUCCGGCCUAAUUGCUGCAGGGGUCUUGUCAGGUCUUGAGGGGGCCCGGGGCAUUGCCGGCUGGCAGUGGCUCUUCAUCAUUGAAGGCGCUGGCAGCUUCGUGGCCGCAAUGGUUGCAGUCGUUUUUCUCCCCGACUUCCCAGGCAUGAAGUCGGGCGUCGCCAAGUGGCUUCUGACAGAUGCCGAACAGAAAGUUGCCGUCGAGCGCAUCGCGAGAGACCGUGUCUCACUGCCUACGGAGAAUCCAAGUGUUUGGAAUGGCCUCAAGUUGGCGGUCAAGGAUAUUCGCACCUGGGUCUUUGUGGUCAUGCUCACUGCCAACCACAGUGCCUACGGAUUCAAUAGCUUCUUUCCAACGAUUGUCAAGGGCUUCAACCUGGGCAACACUACGCUCACGCUCGUCCUCACGGCACCGCCAUACCUGAUUGCUACUGGAACGGCAUUUCUCACCGCGUGGUCUAGCGAUCGACGCCAGGACCGAGGAUACCACAUUGCGGUCCCACAAGCCAUCGCCUGCAUCGGCUUUAUCAUUUCCGUUGCCACCAUCAACAAUGCCGCCCGAUAUGCCACAGCUUUCCUGUACAUCUGCGGUUGCUUUUCGUCAAACGCUAUGGUCUUUAGUUGGGCGAGCUCGACGCUCAAUCAGACUGCAGAGAAGCGAGCGUGCGCAACAGCCAUCAUCAACCUGUUGAGUCAGCUGGGAAAUAUCUGGAGCCCGUACUUCUUCCCCUCCAGCGAUGGACCGCGGUAUAUCAAGGCCAAUCUUCUCAUGAUGGCAUUCUCAUUGCUCUCUAUCGUGACAUGCAUUGUCAUGAAGGGUAUGCUGCGCAGGGCAAAUCGCAAGCUGAGAGAUUCCGGAGAUGCCACCAACUUGUUCACGCUCUAA